AAGAAAGCCCCAUUCCUCCUACUCUCACUUCUUCCUACAUAAAUAACCUCCUAUUGCCACUAUUGCAUAAGCAUAAGCAUGCUCUAUUUCCCCGCGAAUAAGUUGGCGAACAAUUAAAAUGUUUGGCUUCCAAGCUGCAAGAAUGUCUUAUGCUGUGCUAGCCUUACUAGCCAUCUCUGCCGUUGUCUCGACGGAGGCCGCAGGCGGCGGCGUCGACGCGCCGAGUCCAGCUCCGUCGGGGCCUCUCAAUCUGACCGAGAUCCUCACGAAGGGCUCCCAGUACAACGCGUUCAUUCGCCUGCUCAAGGACACCGAGGUGACCUCGCAGGUGGCCAGCCUGCUGGACAGCGACCGGAACGCCGACGGCCUGACGGUGCUGGCCCCGACGGACGCGGCGUUCGCGGGUCUCAGGCCGGGCACGCUGAACCGGAUGGACGCGCAGGCGCAGUCGCAGCUGGUGCUGUUCCACAUCCUGCCCAAGUACUACACCUUCGUGACGUUCCAGACCACCACCAACCCCGUGCGCACGCAGGCCUCCGGCCAGCACGGCGUGUACACCGUGAACGUCACCAGCGGCGGCGAGCGGCGGGUCAACGUGUCGUCGGGGCUCAUGGAGGCCAUGCUUGGGAAGACGCUCUACUCGGCGUACCCGCUGGCGGUGUACUCCGUGGACAAGGUCCUGCUCUCGCCGGCGCUCUUCGGCCGCAGCGACGUGAAGGAUGGAGCCGAGGCACCGGCGGCGGCCUCGAAACCGCAGAAGCAAGCCCCUUCUUCGACGGCGGCUGGUGAUCACGCUCCUGCUAAUGAGGCUGACGCCACGGCCGCCGCGGGGGCAGACACCACAAGGACCAGUAGGUGGCUGGCUUUUGCUGCUACUGCGUCCGCGGUCGUGCUCAGCCUGCUCUCAUGUUAAGUGAUAGCAAUCGAGCAAUGUACGUGUCCAUUUAAAUCCUAAACUGUAUUCAAGCACAUUUCUUCUAAUAUUUAUUACCUAUUCGGAUGUUCGGUUCGGAUCAGAGUGAAUACUUCUAAUUUUGCUGAAUUUAGACCAAAAUGGUUGCAACAUGUACCAUUUUGGGACCA